GACGGCAUCGGAUUUUCAGAAACAAAUCUUACAAGGCAAAGAGUAUGAAAAGGCCUUUCCUCCGUUCACCGACUGCGAGGCUCCAGUGGAUAUUCAAAUACAAUUCUUCCUGCAAAGCUUUGAUGCCGUGGAUGAACAGCAUUCUUCUGUAACAGUCACCGGUUAUCUCAGACAUUGGUGGGUGGAUGACCGACUGGCAUUUGUGCACAAUGACACUUGCGCGGAGUCCGUGUACAUUCCAGCAAGUUUGAUCUGGACUCCCGACCUAUACAUCUACAACGCAAUUCAGCAGGCGCAUCAUGAGAAUGGCAUCAUCACCGCCGUGCACGCGAACGGAACUGUCUUUCAUUCUGUUGCUUUCCACGGGAGCCUCAAGUGCUCCAUGCAGUAUCACCGCAUGCCAUACGACUCGCACGGCUGCUACAUGAAAGUGGGCCGCUAUGACGCGACGGUGGAUAGCAUUCGAGUGAGGCCACGGAAUGGGAACAUGGGCAAGACAGGCAUUGGUGUCGUUGGAGACAAGAUGUUCUCGCCAAGCUGGUUCAUUGAGAAUGAGCAGGCUAUCCAGAAUCCUGGGUUGCGAAUCCAGAAGUACUGGCCGGACCUUGGGGGAUCCACCGACAUCGUGUUCCUGCCGUUCACGUUCUCUCGUCGUCCUGGAUACCUCGUUCGCAUGGUGCUGGUACCUUCCUGGCUGUUUUUGCUGGUGAGCUACACUGGCUUCUUUAUCGACCCAAGCUCCGCUCCUGCUCGAGCAGCAGUCGCGUUGCUCCCGGUUCUCAUCAUGCGAACGCUGCAGGGUUUCGUGUUCUCCAAGCUCCCACAGGUUGCCACGUGUGUGUGGCUGACCGAUUACCUGCUCGUCUCCAUGAUCCUGUGCUGUUAUGCUGCCAUUCACCUGGCCAUCGUGCAGCUACUCUUGAUCUCUGAACAAAAGGCUGCAGAGAAUCUGAAGCAACUUCAAAAGGUGGAGGCAAAAGCACGUGAGCUCAUCCAGGACUCUUUGAAGAAGAAGAAGUUUGUUGUGGAAUUGCUGAAAGAUUACCAGCCCGUACAGAGGACAAGACGCUUCCACGCCGUUCAUCUGUCGUACUUAGCAGAGCGGAAAGAGCAGAGCGGAAAGCCUUCAGUCAACACGAGCCACACGCGCGAAGACCUCGAGACGGUAAAGAGCUUCACCGAGAUGACGGAUUCACCGAUACACGCACAAGCACAGGACGGAUCCGAGGUAAAGAUUCCUUUGAUCGGUGAAGUCGACGACUCCACACCAACGUCACCAACUUCGCGACCUCGGCUAAGUUCUGUUGAGUUCGAUUCACGCUGUUCCUUCCACAUCGACUUCGGCAGCCAGCGCCAUCUUUCUCCCAUCGAUCAGAAAGUGACAACAGAAGGUGAUCUGCUGGUAAUCAAGCACUUGCUCUCUCUAUGGCAAAGGGAAGUCACAGACGGACUUGCUGAUCCCGAAAUGCUUCGCAGAGUCAUGUCCAGGUUCAACAUCUUUCUUGCAACCGCUGACGCCGAAGAAAUCAUGUGCAUGUUUCUCCGUGACAAGGGGUUUGAUACGCCAGUUGAAACUGGCAACGUGCGCAUCAUUUUUUCCCUGUUCAUGGAGCUGCUGCUCGACAUGGAGAAGUACAAGUUUGCUGUGCAGCCGCCCCCUUGGUACAGCCUCCCUUUGUCCCCCAGGGUUCCGUGGUCUCGGAGGCUCGACGUGAGCCUGCAGAUCCUUUUCCCGCUCUUCGUGACCUUGCAUGCCUUGAUCUUCUUCAGCUUGAUCAGGGCCUACCCGCAGAACCCUGACAUUGGUCUUGUGGAAGACAUGGACCGCGUCAUGGAAUGGCAAUGA